CAAAGCAAACGCGCGGCUUCCCGGGAAACACCAACGCCUCUGAAAAGCUCUGCUGCUUCCAUCCAUCCAUGGCGACCGCCGCCGCCGCGCUCCACCUCCUCCUCCCAAACUCAUCGCGCCGCCGCUGCCGCCUCCUGGUCCCGCGCGCCUCCUCCUCUUCCUCUUCGUCGCCGACGCGCCGCGGCCUCAUUGCCGACACCGCCACGGCGGCGGCCGCCAUGGCCGCCGCGCCUCUGCUCCCCUGGACCCCGGCGGCGCGCGCGGAGGAUCUGUCGGAGUGGCAGCGCGUGAAGCUCCCCAUCGACCCCGGCGUCGUGCUCCUCGACAUCGCCUUCGUCCCCGACGACCCCUCCCACGGAUUCCUUCUGGGGACGAGGCAGACGAUACUGGAGACGAAAGACGGCGGCAACAGCUGGUUCCCGCGCUCCAUCCCUUCCGCGGAGGACGAGGACUUCAACUACAGGUUCAACUCCGUCAGCUUCAUGGGCAAAGAGGGAUGGAUCGUCGGCAAGCCGGCCAUAUUGCUGCACACCAAGGAUGCAGGGGAGAGUUGGGAGAGGAUCCCCUUGAGCGCACAGCUUCCAGGCGACAUGGUUUACAUCCAAGCUACCGGGGAGCAGAGUGCGGAGAUGGUGACCGACGAGGGAGCCAUCUAUGUUACUUCUAACCGGGGAUACAACUGGAAGGCUGCUGUGCAGGAGACUGUCUCAGCCACUCUCAACAGAACAGUUUCGAGCGGCAUUAGCGGUGCGAGUUACUAUACCGGGACUUUCAACACGGUAAACCGCUCACCUGAUGGCCGCUAUGUCGCCGUCUCCAGCCGUGGGAACUUCUACUUGACCUGGGAGCCUGGGCAGCUGUAUUGGCAACCGCACAAUAGGGCCGUGGCACGACGGAUACAGAACAUGGGAUGGAGGGCAGAUGGCGGUCUCUGGCUUCUGGUGCGCGGCGGUGGACUCUUCCUCAGUAAAGGAACCGGGAUUACUGAAGAGUUUGAGGAAGCAUCAGUGCAAAGCCGGGGGUUUGGAAUCCUUGAUGUGGGCUACCGUUCAAAGGAUGAGGCAUGGGCUGCAGGUGGGAGCGGCGUCCUGCUGAAAACAAUGAACGGCGGCAAGUCCUGGGUGCGUGACAAGGCCGCCGAUAACAUCCCCGGGAAUCUCUACUCCGUAAAGUUCGUCGGUGACAACCAAGGAUUCGUGCUGGGGAACGAUGGCGUCUUGCUCCGAUACGUUGGAUGAAGUAACGGAAUUCGCUGCGGUUAUUCAAAUCCUUUUUUGUACGUAACGAUAAUUCAUAUAUAUACCUACUAUACGCGCACACACGUGAAAGGCUGCUGCUGAUUUGUUUCUCAGCAUUCUUUCUUCUGCAAGAGAGUGUAAAUCUUCUGACCAAUUGUCAUCAGCAUCCAACAGAACUAUGUGAGCACAUUUAUGUAUCUGAAUCUGAUGCUCUGAAGCUCGUGAAUUGCAUGCGAAUGAGUUGAUAGGCGUCAGAGGUCUCAAGAAUGCUAAUUUGAACUUGAAA